AGAAGAAGAAAGAUGGGUCGGAGCAUAUCAAAGUCACCGUCGAGAGGAAGAAGCCGAAGAGAUCGAAGCCGCUCACCCUUCUCCUCCAGACGGAGUCGUUCUAGUGUCUCCCCGCGCCGCCGUAGAAGCCGCUCGCCGAGUUACCGCCGCCGCAAGAGCCGCUCUCCCACGCCGAGACGACGUCGCCGUCAUAGGAGCAAGAGCAGCUCCCCGUCUCCUCCUCCUCCGCCCCCUCGUCAGUCGACGACUGACCGGAAAAAUGCCGCCGAUAAGGUCAAGAAGGAGGAGGAAGAAAAGGCCAGGUUGCUACUGGAGGCGGAGCUGAAGCGAUUAGAGGAGGAGACUACGCAGAGGAUCGAGGAAGCGAUUAGGAGAAAUGUAGAGGAGAGGCUGAGCUCUGAGGAAGUUAGGAUUGAAGUAGAGAGGCGGAUAGAGGAAGGCCGGAAGAAGCUGCUUGAGGAUGUGCAGGUUCAGCUUCAGAAAGAGAAAGAAGCUGCUCUCAAUGAAGCACGGUGGAAAGAAGAACAAGCUCGGAGGGAGAGAGAGGAGCUUGAUAAGAUGCUAGAGGAGAAUAGGAGGAGGGUGGAGGAGGCACAGAGGAGAGAAGCUUUGGAAUUGCAGAGCAAAGAGGAGGAGCGGUAUCGGGAGUUGGAGCUGAUUCAGAGGCACAAAGAGGAGGCUGCAAGGAGGAAAAAGAUGGAAGAGGAAGAAGAACAUGCACGCCUCUUGAAGUUGUCUAGUAAGAAUAAAUCUCGGUCAAAGUCUUCUAGUAUGGGAUUUUAAUUGCGACUGGUGCCAAUUGGCUAGUCUAAUAUUGACGAAUAAUAGUGAAAAUUUGCAUUCUAAUUCAUAUGAUGUUAUCUGUC